GCAAUUUUGGCAAUGGGAACUACUACCAAUGCCACUAACACCACGGCUGCACCAACAACCACAGAGGUACCUACCACCACAGCGGGGCCUACCACCACAGCGGUGCCUACCACCACAGCGGCACCUACUACUACAGCGGCGGCAACAACUACAAAGGCACCAACCACCACAGCGGCACCUACUACUACUAAGGCACAAACCACUACCAAGGCGAUGACCACAACCCCUGCACCGACCACGACGCCGAUGCCCACACAGACAACUUGGAUGCUGGACAACGGCAACAAGUCCUGUAUUUUGGAACAGAUGGAAGCUAAAUUUUCAAUCAUGUAUGAAAUGAUAAAUGCAGAGAACAAAACUGUCCAAUCUACAAUCACAUUCAGUCUGCCCCAGGAAGCAUCGGUUGACGCUGCAAAGAGCGCUUGCGGCAGCAACGAGACCAUGCCCAAGCUAACCCUCGUCUUUGACGAUCCCGUUUACGGCAACAAGUUUGAGCAGUUUUUCACCAUGUCCGCCAACGACUCCGCCCUCACCAACAUAACUCUUGCGCUCAACCACACUGAUCCCUUGUUCCCUAACAGCACCAAGGCCGGUCAGCUGGUGAUGUACUCUGCCACCCUUCCCAGUGCCACAUUCAUGGUCAACAAUGGUAAUUCUUACCUCUGCAAUGCCCUCCAGAUGUUUAAGGUCAACAUGGACGCCAAUGUCACCUUCUCAAGGGUCAAAGUUCAAACAGCUGAUAUCGUAGACAAUAAAUUUGGAAAUGUAUCGCAGUGCCCUCAAGAUACGCCCUCUACCUCGCCAGCCCCCACCUCCAGCAUGGCGCCCAUGACCACCGCCUUCCCACCGGCAGACAACUGGAACAUCACCUAUGAUAACAAGAUCUGCAUGAUGGUCACCAUGUCCCUCGAAUUCAACAUCACUUAUAACACUACUAAGAACAAGAACAAAACUGAGACCGUAGUCCUCCCCAAGACCGCGAAUCCCUCCAACUCAACUUGCGGAGCCAGCAACACCAGCUCCACUUUCAUUCUGACCUUCAAGGAAGGCUGGAUCCUGGAGCUGGACUUCACCCUCAACACCACCUCCAACGUCUACAAGAACACCAACAUGAUGCUCACCUACAACUUCAAUGAUUCAGCCACGAACGGUUCUGCCACAGCCUCGACGAAAGAAAGCAAGAUCGAGGCAGCAAAAGGAAAGUAUUACAGCUGUCAAUCCGAGGACGAGCUAAAUGCAGACAAUGUUGUCUUUAUUCUUCAUGAUGUCAAGAUUCAGCCAUUUGCAAUUUAUACAAAUCAGACGUACGGUACAGAGGCACCUUGCCCAGCUGACAGCUCGCUAAACAACAUUGUACCAAUUGCAGUGGGUUGCGCCCUUGCUGGUUUGGUCAUCAUCGUGCUCGUCGCUUACCUGAUCGGGCGUCAGAGGAGUUCAAAGUCCGGUUACGAGUCAGUCUAGUCUGGACCAAGACGGGGGACAGAGCCGCCCCAUCAGGAUUUCUUCAUUUCCCUCAAGAGCAGCUAUGAUAAUAACCUACAUCUGAACAUCUCACGAUGGUGAUUUGAUCCCAUUGAACACGAUUCCAUUUUGGUCCAGCACAAUAUUUACAGUAUAUCUUUGCCCCAGUUAUCUUUGGGUUGUGGCUUAGUAGGUGCAGGAUGGCUAGUGGCACAAAAGCAUCUUGUACAUAAGGAAUCUAAACUGGAAGGCCCGCAUUCUCGAAAGAGGUUUCAGUUGAACCAUGGUACAAAACCAUGGACUCUGCAGACUUUUGUACAUAAUUAUGCUUAUUUUCUUGCGUAGACUAUAAAAAAAUUUAAAAAAUCAAAUUUUUGCAAAGGGCGCUAAAAGGGAAACUCGAUAUAAUUCAAUAAAUCUGCAUAAGCCAUGGUGAUAUACCAAAGUAUUCUGAAAACACCUUUGAGAAUAUGCACUAUUAUGCCUGAAGGCAUUCACACUUGUCAUUUAAACACAUUGAAAGUGAUAUUCCAAAGUGACUUAAACAGGAUGGAUGUUACCACUUCAGUGCAUGUUCCUCGUGACACGUGAGGUAUAUUAACUCAGUGUGAAAUUGGUGAUUAUGGAUUAAUCGUAUUUAAGGUUUAUUCCCUCUAUUGUUCUCAAACCAUUGUGGCAUCACAAAAUCUAUUGCAUUUCUGGUCAUCCUUUUCCUUGCACAAUUGAAACAUUUUUUUUCUGCGGGCAGCUUGAUAGAAUAUUGAAUAUGCAAAUGUAUGGUUGUUUUUAGCAUGAAGAAAUCUUGAUGGUUCAGGGGUUGUCAUGGAAACAACCAUCUCUGUCAUGUCCCCUUCUCUUUCUGGAGUUGCCAAAGUUUCAUCAAAGUUUGAAAAAUCUUUGAUACAAACAAAAUUUCUUGUUUUUCUGUUGUGUCUGUCUAGAAGAGUAGCUCUUAUACAUCUCUUGAAAUACCGUUAAACAAAAAAAAAAAAAAAUUUGGAAGUGUGAUCCAUCUGUGUCACUAUCAUGGUUGGUGUUCACGGCUCUCUCUGUUUGGUUUUGCAUUUUGAUAUUUGAUAAUGCACAACCAUAAUAUGUGUGAAUAAUGCUCAAAUGGUGCCUAAAGCCGGUGAAAGAGAAGGUGUUUGCUUCAUAAAUCUGCAGAUAGAUACAUAGGUCAAUAUACUAAUGUUAAAUUUCUUGUGUCCACAUUUUUUGCAUUCCUAAAUGUAUGUGUUAACGUGUGAUCCCACUCUUAGCGUUUGUGAUAUAAUAUCCUGGCAACUCCAGGAAGAGUGACUCAUAUUCUUUUUUUUUAAUCAUUGAAAUUUGGGUUGUAUACAAUGGAGAUCACUUUUUUUGCAUAAUGGAAUGUUGUUGAUAAGUUAAUAUCAGUUUGUAUGCGGCAUAAUCAGAUCUAUUUUCGUAUCCGUUGAAGUACAUGAAUGUUUAUUAUUAAAUGUUUAUUUACGGUUGUGUGUAUGAUAUAGAUAUAUAUACCGGUAUAUGAAAAUGCCUAUAUUUUUUCCAUACUUCAAGUAACUAUAGUAUCACUCUUUCUGUUUCCUUACUUAGUUUCAUCAAUUUUUUUGUUGUUGUAAAUUUGAGCCAUAGUACUUGAUUAUUUUCCUGUGCGUAAUGAGCAAAUGGUCGGUGCACGGUUCCCACUCCCGACUGGUCAACUCGAGUCAAGCACGGGGAAGGUAUUUUCGAUCAGGUCAGGUCAGUCUAGUUCUAAAAAUAAAAAAUAAUUGCUUCUGUUAUUGUUCAAAUUGCUUAAUAUAAACUAUCUUCUAUUUACUUUACUAGAUCUUACAAGUUGGCAAUCUUAUCUGACAUGUUUUUCAUUUUAUAUACAUUUUAUGUUAGUAUAGUUAAUAUUGUGAAUGAUAUGAUGUAUAUUAUUAUUUUCAAAGAAAUGGUUCUACCAAUAUGUUUUAAGUUUAUAUAGAUUUAUGUUGUUAAUUCGAGAUAUUGCAAUGAAUGUGUUGAAUCAAAUUCAGUGCGAGAUUGCAAAACCUGUUGCCUUGAUAUUUAAAUUAGAAGGGGAAUAUGAUAUUUGUGAUUUUUUUUGUUUUAUGUUUCUUAAAGCAAGAGAUGAUGAAAACGGAUAGCAAUAAAAUCUUUUGCAAGAAAUUAUAUUAACAGACUUUUGUCAGUUAUGUGUAAGGGAAGUGAAAGGAAGGUAUUACCUUCCUUGCCUUGUGCUUUCGAGGCAGUAAACGAACUUGGCCCUGAUCUGGGGGGGGGGGGGGCAGAAGUGUGUGCAAAAUUUCUGCCAAGAUAAAAAAAAUAGGAAAAGGUUUAAAAGUCACCAUUAUACAAGCAAUUACCAAAAUAACAGGCACAGGUCUCCUGUGAUUUUUCUGUAUCGUGUUGUGUUAUCGGACGAAUUCAGCGUGGUAAACGUUACUCAUACAUACAUGUAUAUGAGCCUUGUAAGAUGAGAAAGAAUUGAUUGGUCUUAUUUCCGUCAAAUUUGGCAUCGUUUACAAAUUGUCUGUGAAGUUUCCUUGCAGAUUGAUGAUAAAAUGUCUUAAGAAAUUGUGAGUGGUAUGCGGUUGAAAUAAUAAGAUGAAAAUUUUUGAA